AUGCCUGUCACUCGCAACGGAAUAUCUUCGACGGCUCCGACAAGCGAAGAAGAUGGCGAACGGCGGAGCACCGAUGGCGGGGAAGGCAGCACAAGCCGAGGCGUGCCCGACAGCGCAUCGACCAGCGGCACCACUUCGACACCCGGACCAAUGUUUGACAUGUCGGCAAUCCUUCAAGCCACCGUGCAAGCAGCAGUGAGGGAAGCAAUCAACGGGAUCGUGCACCUCCAGUCGCAACAGGCAGCGGCCAUGCCUGUAAUCGGCGCGGGAGAGACGUCGCGCCUGGUCCCUUUGUUUGACCCUACUUCGUCGGACUCGCCAACAGUCGACGCGUGGAUUCGACGGGUGGACGACCUAGCGGAAGUCUACUGUUGGUCGGACAGACUAACAUCUUGUAACGCGCUCGCAAGGUUGGAUGGACCGGCGAAGAUGUGGUACGAUUCCCUCCAGUCUGUCAACAAAACCUGGCCUGAGUGGAAGGUGGAGCUCAAGCGCGCUUUCCCCACGACAUCGGGAAUGCAGCGACUUCACCGAGACAUGGAGGACCGUAUUUACAGGCGAGCGGACGCGGCCAACGAAAAAUAUUUCAUGCUUGCUAAAGCUAACAGUCACGACGUGAGAGCAUAUGUUGACCUCGGCAGCCAGUGCGUUACUAUUCGGCGAGAGGAUGCAGACCGAAUCGGAGUCAAAUGCACUGCGGUAGACAAGCCGCUCACCAUCGGAGGCUACGGAUCAGGGCGUGUGACGCCGUGCGGGGAGGCAAACGUUAACCUCACAGUCGAUCAAGCAACAGCUGACGUUCCCGUGCUGAUCGUGCCGAACGAGUCACAAGCAAUACCUCUCAUCGUGGGACAGCCCUUCACCGAGCAACCUCACGUUACAAUUGUACGGCGAGGGAACACUUUGAGGAUCUUUGAGGAACAGAAGAACGUGGACGAAAGUGACGACACACUGCAGUCCAUUGAAAUUCCAGAUCUUCCGAAACGCCCAGUGUGCCUUUGGGCCAGGGAAUCCACAGUGGUUCCACCAAACUACGUUGGAUUUGUUAAGCUCUACGUUACAGGCGGCGAGCCCAACGCGGAUGUAUUCGUGGACGCCCAACUGAGGUGCCAAGAGGGGCGCGAACAUUGUAUUCCGCGUUGCGUCGUCAACGUCGAUGAGGCGAACGAAACAUGCAUUCCCGUCAUGAACGUAUCACAUCACGAACUCAGCAUCAAAGCACACGAGCGGGUAGCGCGAGCGGAAAUCUGCUACCUCGACGAAGAGCCAAUGCGGGACGAGGGGCCAAGCUGCAGUGCCACUCAACCACGUCCAGUGGCGAACGUUAACUUCAAAACGGGCUCAAGCGUCACCCCGGAGCACCGUCAGAAACUCGGUCAACUCAUCGACGAGUAUCGCGACUGUUUUGCCGACAGCGUUUCAGAGAUUGGCCACACGAAUGUAGCGGAAAUGAAGAUUGAGAUUCCUAUUGCAAAGGAGUCCCGACACAAGACUGCGUUCAUCACACCCGACGGACAUUACGAAUUCACCCGUAUGCCAUUUGGUUUGGCCAACGGCCCGGCAGUAUUUCAGAGAAUGAUCAACGCCGUUCUUGGUCCACUGCGAUACACAGUGGCACUUGCAUACAUGGAUGACAUCUUGCUACCGACGAUAACUGUGGAAGAAGGGCUCCAGGCACUGCGAAUGAUCUUGGAUGUUCUCCGUGGAGCGGGACUGACCUUGCGAUUGAGCAAGUGCUACUUCUUCUAUGACCGAGUGGAUUACCUUGGAUACGACAUUUCUGCGGAAGGCGUGAGACCAGGAAGUAUGAAAAUCCAAUGCGUCGCCGAUUUUCCAAAGCCCGCUGACGUACAUCAACUACGUCAAUUUUUGGGUCUCACUAGCUACUUCAGAAAGUUUGUUCAGGCUUACGCUAGUAUUGCAAAACCUCUGACGAGGUUGACGGCCAAGGAUGAGCCCUGGAUAUGGACCACGCAGCACGACGCCGCAUUCGUCGAGCUCAAGAAACGGUUGGUUCAGAAGCCUGUCUUGGCACAUUUUUCGUUCGAAGCGAAAACUGAAGUCCAUACGGAUGCCAGUAAGGAUGGGCUCGGAGCAAUACUGCUGCAAGAACAAGCGAGCGGAGAGUUUGAUCCUGUUGUUUACGCUAGCCGACGAACGACAGAAUGCGAAGAAAGGUACCACUCCUACGAGCUAGAAACGCUAGCAGUUGUGUGGGCCCUGGAAAAGUUUCGGACGUAUUUGAUCGGUCUGAAAUUCACGGUGGUCACAGAUUGUAAUGCCGUGCGAGCAACGUUGAGCAAGAGGGAUCUCCUGCCACGAAUCGGCAGAUGGUGGCUCCGUCUUCAAGAGUUCGCCUUCGAUAUCGAGUAUCGGAAGGGAACAACGAUGGCGCACGUUGACGCGCUGAGUCGCUCACCAUACGACCCUCCCGAGGAAACAGAGGUUGUCGGUGGCCUUCACGUCCUCGCAACAUGCAUUGAGAUCGACGACUGCCUCGCGAUUGCUCAACAGAACGAUACCGACAUUCAACUACUAAAGGAGCGACUGAGCAGAAAGCAGCACCUGUCCAACGAAGACCGGCGCGUUCAAAGCGAAUACCAUCUCAACAACGGCAAGGUGUUCAGAAAGGUGAAUGAGGGCGAUUCGGCGCCACGACUUGUUUGGGUGGUGCCAAGGCACGCGCGCUGGCGCGUGGUGAAAGCUUGCCAUGACGACAUCGGACACUUUGCUGUGGACAAAACAAUGUCGAAAUUAAAGGAAACGUAUACUGGUUUGCAGGCAUGA